AUGGCGCUUUUUACAGCGGUGAUGGAAGGCGAUCUUGUAAAGACAAGGUCUAUUCUAGAAGACGAGACAGGUGAUGCCAAGCUAGUCAUGCUACACAGUGUGGAUCCUGAUGGAAAUACAUCCCUCCACAUCGCUUCAGAAGAAGGGCAUAUUGACCUCGUGACCUAUUUGAUUGAUUUAGGGGCGGAUAUAGAAAAGCGAAGUAGAAGCGGUGACGCCCCUCUUCACCUCGCGUCUCGGAGUGGUCACCAGGAUGUUGCUCAAUAUCUCAUCAGUAAAGGAGCAAAUAUCAAUAUUGGUGAUAGCAAUGGCUAUACACCUAUCUAUCUUGCUUCGGAGAAGGGUAAUUUUUGUGUUGUUGAAUGUUUAGUCGAUUCUGGAGCAGAUGUAAACAAAGCUUCAUAUAAUGGUUCUACACCCAUUUAUACUUCAGCAAGUAAGGGUCACCUUGAUGUUGUGAAAUAUCUCAUAACUAAAGGAGUCGAAAUUGACAGAGAUGGCGAUGAUGGCUAUACACCUUUGCAUCUCGCCUCACGUGAGGGUCACCUUACUGUUGUUGAAUGUCUGGUAGAUGCAGGAGCAGAUGUAAAUACAAAAGCAAAAAAUGAAUGGACCCCUAUGUAUGCAGCAUCUAAUAAAGGUCAUCUAGACAUAGUGAAGUAUCUGAUUACAAGAGGAGCAUAUAUUGAUAGGAGAGGUUAUAACGGACAGACGCCCCUAGGUGUCGCAUCAAUUUAUGGCCAUCUUGCAGUUGUCAAGUAUCUUACCAGUCAAAGAGCAGAUAAAGACAUGUAUGAUAACGAUGGCUGUACACCUCUAUAUGCUGCUUCACAGGAGGGUCAUUACGAUGUUGUACAAUAUCUAGUAAACGAAGGAGCAAAGGUGAACAAAGCAGCAAAUGAUGGUAAUCUAUCCCUCCAUGCUGCCGCUCGUCUGGGUCAUCUAGACAUAGUGAAGUAUCUGAUUAACAGAGGAGCAGAUAUUGAUAGGAGAGGUAAUAGCGGUAAGACGUCUCUUUAUUUCUCAUCAUUCUCUGGCCAUCUUGCAGUUGUCAAGUAUCUUAUCAGUCAACAAGCAGAUAAAGACAUGGGUGAUAACGAUGGCUUUACACCGCUAUAUGAAGCUUCAGAGAAGGGCCAUCACGAUGUUGUACAAUAUCUAGUGAACGAAGGAGCAGAGGUGAACAAAGCAGCAAAUAAUGGUGAUCUAUCCCUCCAUGCUGCCGCUCGUCGGGGUCAUCUAGACAUAGUGAAGUAUCUGAUUGACAAAGGAGCAGAUAUUGAUAGUAGAGGUUAUAACGGCAAGACGCCUCUUCAUUUCUCAUCAUUCCAUGGCCAUCUUGCAUUUGUCAAGUAUCUUAUCAGUCAAGGGGCAGAUAAAGAAAUGGGUGAUAACGAUGGCUAUACACCUCUAUAUGAUGCUUCACAGGAGGGUCAUCACGAUGUUGUACAAUAUCUAGUGAAUGAAGGAGUAGAGGUGAACAAAGCAGCAAAUGAUGGUGAUCUAUCCCUCCAUGCUGCCUCUCGUCCGGGUCAUCUAGACAUAGUGAAGUAUCUGAUUGACAAAGGAACAGAUAUUGAUAGGAAAGGUUAUAACGGCAUUACGCCUCUUGGUGUCGCAUCAUUCUCUGGCCAUCUUGCAGUUGUCCAGUAUCUUACCAGUCAAAGAGCAGAUAAAGACAUGGGUAAUAACGAUGGAGACACACCUCUAUAUUAUGCUUCACAGGAGGGUCAUCACGAUGUUGUACAAUAUCUAGUGAGCGAAGGAGCAGAGGUGAACAAAGCAGCAAAUGAUGGUGAUCUAGCCCUCCAUGCUGCCGCUCGCCCGGGUCAUCUAGACAUAGUGAAGUAUCUGAUUGACAAAGGAACAGAUAUUGAUAGGAAAGGUUAUAACGGCAUUACGCCUCUUGGUGUCGCAUCAUUCUCUGGCCAUCUUGCAGUUGUCAAGUAUCUUACCAGUCAAAGAGCAGAUAAAGACAUGGGUAAUAACGAUGGAUGUACACCUCUAUAUGAUGCUUCACAGAAGGGUCAUCACGAUGUUGUACAAUAUCUAGUGAACGAAGGAGCAGAGGUGAACAAAGCCACAAAGCGUGGUUCUACACCUCUGUUUGCAGCAUCUCAUGAAGGUCAUCUAGACAUAGUGAAGUAUCUGAUUGAAAAAGGAGCAGAUAUUGAUAGGAAAGGUUAUAACGGCAAUACGCCUCUUGAUGAUGCAUCAUUCUCUGGCCAUCUUGCAGUUGUCAAGUAUCUCAUCAGUCAAGGAGCAAAUCAAAACAUGGGUGAUAACGAUGGCUUUACACCUCUAUAUGCUGCUUCACAGGAGGGUCAUCACGAUGUUGUACAAUAUCUAGUGAACGAAGGAGCAGAGGUGAACAAAGCAGCAAAGAUUGGUGCUACACCUCUGCAUGUAGCAUCUUAUAAAGGUCAUCUGAAUAUAGUGAAGUAUCUGACUAACAAAGGAGCAGAUAUUGAUAGGAAAGGUUAUAACGGCAUUACGCCUCUUGGUGUCGCAUCAUUCUCUGGCCAUCUUGCAGUUGUCAAGUAUCUUACCAGUCAAAGAGCAGAUAAAGACAUGGGUAAUAACGAUGGAUGUACACCUCUAUAUGAUGCUUCACAGAAGGGUCAUCACGAUGUUGUACAAUAUCUAGUGAACGAAGGAGCAGAGGUGAACAAAGCCACAAAGCGUGGUUCUACACCUCUGUUUGCAGCAUCUCAUGAAGGUCAUCUAGACAUAGUGAAGUAUCUGAUUGAAAAAGGAGCAGAUAUUGAUAGGAAAGGUUAUAACGGCAAUACGCCUCUUGAUGACGCAUCAUUCUCUGGCCAUCUUGCAGUUGUCAAGUAUCUCAUCAGUCAAGGAGCAAAUCAAAACAUGGGUGAUAACGAUGGCUUUACACCUCUAUGUGCUGCUUCACAGGAGGGUCAUCACGAUGUUGUACAAUAUCUAGUGAACGGAGGAGCAGAGGUGAACAAAGCAGCAAAGAUUGGUUCUACACCUCUGCAUGUAGCAUCUUAUAAAGGUCAUCUGAAUAUAGUGAAGUAUCUGACUAACAAAGGAGCAGAUAUUGAUAGGAGAGGUUAUAACGGUAAGACACCUCUUGGUGUCGCAUCAAUCUCUGGCCAUCUUGCAGUUGUCAAGUAUCUUAUCAUUCAAAGAGCAGAUAAAGACAUGGGUGAUAACGAUGGAUGUACACCUCUAUAUGAUGCUUCACAGAAGGGUCAUCACGAUGUUGUACAAUAUCUAGUGAACGAAGGGGCAGAGGUGAACAAAGCAGCAAAGAGUGGUUCUACACCUCUGUUUGCAGCAUCUCAUGAAGGUCAUCUAGACAUAGUGAAGUAUCUGAUUAACAGAGGAGCAGAUAUUGAUAGGAGAGGUUAUAAAGGCAUUACGCCUCUUAAUUUAUCAUCAUUCAAUGGCCAUCUUGCAGUUGUCAAGUUUCUCAUCAGUCAACGAGCAGAUAAAGACAUGGGUGAUAACGAUGGAUGUACACCUUUGUUUGCUGCUUCACAGGAGGGUCAUUACGAUGUUGUACAAUAUCUAGUGAACGAAGGAGCAGAGGUGAACAAAGCAGCAAAUGAUGGUGAUCUAUCCCUCCAUGCUGCUUCUCGUCGGGGUCAUCACGAUGUUGUACAAUAUCUAGUGAACGAAGGAGCAGAGGAUGCAUCAUCUAUACAACACAGCGACAGUGCUGGUCUAACACCCAUUCACCUUGCUACUAUAAGCGGGCUAACAUCAAUCAUUGAGAAGUUGAUAUCAGUAGGUGCUGGUUUAAAUCCUCAGUCACACGAUGGCCAGACGCCCUUACAGAUUUCCAUCAGACUAUGCCACUGUAAGAAAAGACAGGUUGAAGUGACGACAGCUUUGAAGCAGAUACAACAAGAGAGUGAGGAUGACUUAUCACCUGCGGAGGCUCUGAUACAAUUCCUAAUAAAUCAAGGAUCCAAGAUCGACAUCAAAGAUAACAAAGGUUUUACUCCGGUACAGUAUGCCAGAGAGGAGCGCAUUAGGCAAAUGGUAUUCCGGAGCUUAUCCGAAGAUGAUGUUCAUAUAUUCCGGGAUCUGCCGAUUGCAAGAUCUACUGAAAGUCAUCGCAGUAUUGGCUGUGAAGGAGGGAUUCUAAGUUUCGAUAGUUGUGACGUCACAAUGUCGAUUCCACCAAGGAGAGUGCAAGCUGGAUUCUCCACCGACAUACAUUCAAGCCUAGAUGAGAUUGUCCCCGGAUCAAACACUGACCUUAGCAACGCUGGAGAAAUUCGGAGUGAGGAUUUCAUCACACAAGAGAUGAACACUGAUCAGUACUACCAUCUUGGUCUAGCAUUGGGUUUGUCCUACCAGACACUUGACGGCAUCCAGUUCAGAAGCAGACAGCAUGAGGAGUCUGGGGUUUAUACCCAAAAUCAAAAAGCUGCUAUCUUCAUGAUCCGCUAUUGGAAAUGCUUGCAGCACUCUGUCUCCAUAAAAGACGAUCCUCUAAGAGAAGUGUGGAAGUCUGUGAGCGAUUCAAGACAUUCAAUCCCUGUUUUGAAACAAGGACGAAGAUCGGGUAAGAACGCGCUAAAUAUUGAAACACAAUUAAACACAAUCUAA